AUGGAAGCGCUGAUCCGCAACGACAUCGACCUGAACUUUGCCAUCCAGCGCGAGGCGGCUCUCCAGAACGAGCUCGAAGCCCUUUCCGUAAAGAAAAAGCUUCUAGCGGCUCCCGAGCCCGUGGACGCCACCACCUCGGAGGAAAUCCGCUCUCGCAUCCGGACCACUGAGGCCGAGCUCCGGACCCUGAACGAGACGAUUUGGCGCUUGGAGCGCGGGACGCACGCGGUCCUGCGUCAGUUUCCAGAGGGUCCGCUGCUGCGUGCGGUGAACGCCAACCGAGCCCGCUCGCGCUGGCACAUGGCGCCGCUCCUCAAGGAGGACUGCGUCGGGGGCGACGGGUGCUGCGCGCGCAAGUGCGGCUGCUGCACCAAGCCGAGAAGCGAGACCCGCUCGAAGAAGGGACACUGUACGCCCGCCUGCGCGUGUUGCGAGCGCGCUCGCGGGUUCGCGGUGGAACGAGAGGAGAGCUGGGAGCCGACGCGCAUCGCCUUUGCCGAUGGCUUGGAUGAGUGCAGAGAUCAUAUGCAGCGCCUGAUGCUGGCUUAUUGCUUUGGGUUGCGAGGGAUACGGUAUUACAACAAUGUGGGAUGUCAGCAUUGA